CCCAUCUCAACAUUUCUAGAAUGGAAACUGUCGGGAAAGAAACUUUAAGAAGAGAAUCUCCUAAAGUACUUGCAAUUGUCUAUAUAAUUACUGUUGUUUCAGUUGGGUUUAUACUGAUCUGGACUAUUUUUAAAAAAAGAAGAAAAGAGCAAGGCGAGCGAUAUAAAAACAAGGAUGAAAACAAGUCAUUACUUAAAGACCCAGAACCUCCAAUAGAACAAAACGAUGACGUACAAUUAGACCAAACAGCAAUAAAUGUGUUCAAAAAUAUUCAUAUACAAACAACAUCGACAGAAACGGUAUCUGAAACAGUCAAAAAAGAUACACAGACAUCAAAAACGAUUCAAAGAGAAGAGAAACGAAAAGAGGAAUCCGUAUAUAAAACAGCAACGUCAGGUGGGAAACAACAACAUAACCCAGAAAUAGAUGAUGAUAAACUUAGACAGUUUCUAAGUAAAGGAAAUAUUUCCGUUUGCCAUGUAAGAUGCAUCAUAGUUGGUUGUGGAAAAGCAGGAAAAACGACGCUUUUAAAAAGAUUACAGAAUGUUUCCUUUGACGAAUUGAUCGAGAUUGAACGCACCGAAAUGGUAGAUUUCCACGUUAACAGUUUUGAAGUUCUGUUAGAAGAAGAAACCAUUCAAAGUGUAAAUAAAGAAGACACAUUACCGACAAUCUUGUUUUCGAAAGAAAAACUGGAAAUGGGACUAAAAGCCAAUGCUGGAAAAAUGACAGAAGAAGCAGACCAACCCGGUGUAAAUGAAGAAGACACAUUACCGACAAUCUUGUUUUCGAAAGAAAAAUUGGAAAUGGGACUAAAAGCCAAUGCUGGAAAAAUGACAGAAGAAGCAGACCAACCAGGUGUAAAUGAAGAAGACACAUUACCGACAAUCUUGUUUUCGAAAGAAAAAUUGGAAAUGGGACUAAAAGCCAAUGCUGGAAAAAUGACAGAAGAAGCAGACCAACCAGGUGUUGGAGGAAAAAAUCAACUUGUUGAGAAUUCUUCACAGAAAAAUACAGAAAACAUACCAAGGGAUGUACCGAAAAACCCAGCCAAUAACAAUAAUGCAGAAAAUGAGGGAGAAUCAAUACCUGAACCACAAGACAAAAUAUUUGUUCAAAACCAAUUGUCCCCAAACACAAAUGAAACACAUGUAGAAGAUGAUAAAAUUAAUUUUGAAAAGUAUGCGAUUUUAAAGAUUAAAGAUGCUGUGAAUGAGUUGUUGAAUGAAAACGAUUUGCGCCCACGAAUCACCUUUUUAGAUUUUGCAGGACAAAGUAUGUACUAUGCUUUUCAUCAGAUAUUUCUCCGUCCUAAAUCAUGUUCCAUCUUGGUUGUGGAUAUGACGAAACGUCUCAACGACGAAGUGGAUGUUCAGGAUGGAAAUGAAAAGGAAUGUAGCCAAUUUGCCUUAUGGAGAUACAGAGACUAUUACAAAUUUUGGUUGAAGUCGAUUGACAGUUUUAGUGAUACCGAGUCUCCAGUAAUAAUUGUAGGCACUCAUGCAGAUAAAUUAUCAAAAGAAGAAUGUCGCAAAUUUCUUAAGAGUCUCAAUGAACUCUUUGAUAAUUGGUUUCAUUCUGAUCUUAGGAGACAUCUUAAUGAAGACCGAAUGUAUACAAUAGGUUUUCCGGAUUCAGGAUCUGAAUUGGAGGAUUUAAAGAACCUAAAAAAAUGCAUUGCUAAUAUUGUGAAGUGCCCUCGUUAUUCGAAAGAAAAUAUUCGACCUGUCUGGGCAUUAUUUGAACAUAUAUUGAAUAAAAUGAAAGAAACUGAAAAAGUUAUUCCAAGGAAAACAUUAUCAGAUUACAGUGACCAAUUAAGCGCUCAGGAAUUUAGGAUAGACGAGUCGGAAAUUUCUAAAAUGUUGGUCUUUUUUCACAGAGUUGGUGUUCUGUUAUACUUUUAUAAAGAUGGUUUGAAGGAAAAUAUUAUUCUUGAUAUCCAGUGGCUCCUUGAUGCAUUUAAGUGUAUCAUUGAUUACCCUGUCAGACCAGAGGAAAACGAUAUGAAGCGUAGGCAUUUUUGUCGCACUGGUGAAUUAGACAAUGUAGAGCUUGAUAGAAUUUGGCAUAUCCAGGGAAAAGAUUUCCUGAAGCACAAGACGACAAUAAUAGCAUACAUGCAACAACUAGGAUUAUUGAUGCCAUUAAAAGAAUUGCAUUCCAUUGACUCUACUGUGUAUUAUUUCCCUAGCAUGAAUAGUAAAAGGUUUGACAAAACUGGUGAGAACUAUUCAAAGUCCUCUAUUAUCUGCUUUAAGUUUGAUGAUGAAAUGCAGCUUCCAAUUAAUGUUUUUCAUAUCAUAGUUUUGAAAUGUUCCAAACUAAAUAAUUGGUCCAUAUUGACAGAAGAAGAAAAAUAUAACAUUUGCCUUUACCAAAAUGCAGCAUGUUUCUCUUUCCAAAAACAUGUUGUGGUUUUACGCAAUUGCAAUUUUGAAAUUCGGGUGCAGGUCUGGGCAUCCCCAACAAUAUAUGAUGGAAGACUACUUAAAAAGAUAAAACAUUCAGUCGAGGAUAUUAUACGCGAUGACAAAUUCUCUUAUAAAAUCGGAUACAAAUGUCGAAAAGAUGUGCUGAAUGAUGAAGAAGAUAAAUCAUUCAUUUCCCAGAGUACUUUUCCUGUCUCGAAUUAUUUAUGUGAAACAUGUGAUGUUGAUAAGAAACAUGUUGUGGAUAAUGAUAUAUGCUGGGAACUUGAAGUGAAUGAAAAUAAAGUGGAUGAACUCACCACAUUUGCCUCCUCUCCUGAGUUUGCCAGCAUGCCAGCCAAGAUCAGCCCAGAGGAAAUUACAGUACUGGCAAGGAAGGCCCAAGAGCCCAUUGUGUCGGCAGGUAAGGCGAUGAUCGAUGGAGCAUGUCACAUGGUGACGGCCGCCAAACAGCUGGCUGUUAACCCGAAGGACCCGCCCACUUACCAACUGUACUCCAACCACUCCAAGAGUGUGUCCGAGGCCUCCAUCAAGGACUGUGCGCCGGGUCAGCGUGAGUGUGACGAGUCGAUCGACAAACUGAACCGCUCCAUCCGCGACCUGGACCAGGCCUCACUGGCUGCUAUCAGUCAGAGUCUACAGCAACGGACCGAGAAAUCCCUCAGGGGAUUCCAAGAACAGAUGAUUGGGAGUGCAAGAGAAAUCCAUGACCUUUGUUCCAAGGUCAAGGACUCAGCUAAAGCAGAGCCGGAGAAUCUGGGUCACAGGGUGACAAUGAUGGCCAGCUACUUUGGCCCACUCUCGGACGGUGCUGUAGGAGCCGCCUCGCUGAUCCAGAACUCCAAACAACAGACCCACAUCCUGGACCUGACUAAGACCGUGGCCGAGUCGGCACUUCAGUUCAUGUACUCCUGUAAGGAAGGGGGAGGCAACCCUAAGGCCCCUAAGCACACCCAUGAUAACAUUGACACAGCAGCAGACAACACAAUGGACGUCGUACAGGACCUGUUACAGUCUCUGGAGGAGGCCGCCUCACAGGCCGGCGUAGUCAACAGUAUGAUAGAGAAACUCACCAAAUCAAUCACUAAGACGGACGAGCAGGUAAUGGUGAGGGAGGGGAUGUCCUUCGUGGAGUACCAGUCCAACAUGGUCAGUCUGGCCAAGAAGAUCGCCAUGACGACGCAGGAGAUGGUGGGCAAGGCGGGGGUGAACCCGGGCGACCUCGGGCGACUGGCCAAUCAGCUGACACGAGACUACGAUAUGUUGGCCAGUAACUCCGCAAAUGCAGCCGCAACCUCCAACAGUCAGGAUAUUGCGAAUCGCAUCCGUACGACGGUCCAAGACCUGGGUAAGAGCUGUGUGGAGCUGGUACAGGACGCCGGCAAAGUCCAGGGCGACCCACACGACACAUACGCGAGACGCGACCUCCAGGAUCAUGCCCGCAGCGUCAGUGAGAAGGUGGCCUUUGUUCUAGCAGCACUACAGUCCGGGUCUCGCGGUACCCAGGCCUGUAUCAAUGCGGCGAGCGCGGUGAGCGGAAUCAUUGCUGAUCUGGACAACACCAUUAUGUUUGCCACCGCCGGAACUCUGUGUACUGAGGGAGAUGACAGUUUCGCCAGCCAUAGAGAGGACAUCCUGAAAACGGCGAAAGCUUUGGUAAAUGAGACCAAGAAGUUGGUACAGGGCGCCGCAUCCGAUCAGGAAACGCUCGCCGGGGCCGCUCAACAGGCCGUCAAAACCAUCACCAAACUCGCAGAUGUCGUCAAACUUGGUGCAGCCUCACUCGGAUCUAACCAACCUGAGGCUCAGGUGAUGAUAAUUAACGAGGUGAGGGAUGUGGCUUCCGCACUCUCCGAUCUGAUCAGCGCCACCAAGAACGCCUCCGGCAAAAACGUCUCCGAUCCGGCAAUGAUGACCCUCAAAGAGUCUGCCAAGGUGAUGGUGACCAACGUGACAUCGUUACUGAAGACGGUGAAGACCGUGGAGGAUGAAGCCGCGCGGGGAACUCGGGCCCUGGAGUCUACCAUAGAGGCCAUAGGACAGGAGGUUAAGUCGUACGAGGCUGGAACCUUGCCAGAGAAGAAAGCAACGGCAGAAGAUCUGAUCCGACUAACCAAACCUAUCACCACGGCGACCGCCAAAGCAGUGGCUGCUGGGAACUCGGGUCGCCAAGAGGACGUCAUCAUCUGUGCCAACAUGGGACGCAAGGCCAUCUUUGAUUUACUGGCAACAUGCAGGGGCACAGCCAGCACUGCAGAGACAACAGAAGUCCGACAGAAGACGAUAGCAGCCGGCAAGAACUGUGCUGUUGUCUACAAAGAUCUACUGGAGCAAGUCAGCACAGUGGUCCAGAAACCUUCCCAGGAGGCCAAGCAGACACUGGCAGCACGUGCGCACCAAGUUGCGGUGUCCGUACAGGAAAUCGUACACUGCUCUGAACUCAUUAAAGUGGGCCAACCCGCAGAAGGAGGUACAGACUGGGUGGAUCCCGUGGACCCCACAGUGAUCGCCGAGAGCGAGAUCAUGAGUGCGGCCAAAUCCAUCGAAGCUGCUGCGCAGAAACUGUCACAACUCAAACCACGCAAAAAGGUAAAGGAAGCAGACAUGAGUCUAAACUUUGAAGAGCAAAUUCUGGAGGCAGCCAAAUCUAUCGCCUCAGCAACGGCAGCCUUGUUGAAGUCAGCGUCGGCCGCACAAAGAGAACUUGUGGCGCAAGGAAAGGUUCGCACGCGCAAAGAGAUUGGAGCAACAUACCACAAAUCUCAGAUACUGGACGAUGACGGUCAAUGGUCCGAGGGGCUUAUAUCAGCGGCUAAGAUGGUAGCUGCUGCCACUCAUAGUUUGUGCGAGUCGGCCAAUGCCAUGGUUCAAGGUCAUGCUACAGAGAAGCGACUCAUCGCCUCGGCCAAAGAGGUCGCGGGGUCGACGGCCCAUCUCCUGGUCGCCUGCAGGGUCAAGGCUGACCCAGACUCAGUCGCCAUGAAACAACUCCAGGCGGCGGGUAAUGCGGUGAAGCGUGCCACGGAGGUCCUGGUGAAGGCGGCCCAGCAGGCCAAGCAGAGAGAUGAGGACGAGGAUAUAAAUGUGGCGGUCGACUCGCGUAAAGUGGGCGGGAUCAAACAGGACCUACAAAUUCAAGAGGAGAUGUUCCGGAAGGAGAGAGAAUGGAUCGAAGCCAGAGAGAAGCUGGCCAAGUCCCGUAAACAGCGGUACAAGGACACGGGCCACGAUAGCAACUCAUCAUCCGCCUUCUAACGCCGCACGCUCCAGCUUUAACUGUAUAAUGCGUAUAGUGCCUGUCACGUGUCUUGUGAUGUCAUAAUGGCUUCCAUGUCAGCUGUCCUUGUGAAGGUCAAGGUGAAAAGCAUCUAAGUGAUUGAGAAUUUGAAGGGAGUGAGAGUGUUUGAGAUCUGGGUUAGGGUUGCAUUUCUGUGGGUGUGAUUUUUCAAUAUAGAUGUGUAAGUUUGUAUACUUAGAAUGAUUAAUGAUGAUAAUGUAUUCAGAGGACAGAAAUUUGGAAUUGAGAAGAAAGAGACUCAGAAAGAAAGGAUUCUCAAUAAUCAUAUCAUAUGUAUAUGUAGCUGCUGAUUAACUGUUAAACCAGUUAUGUCACAUAUUGUACCGGAUUUUACAGAAUUGUUUACCAACCGUGCAAACAUUUAUUUAUUUUGAAUAGAAGCAGUUGUUAUUCGACACUUGAUUAUUUUUGGAUUUUCUCUGCAAGCAGACUUGUUUUUUUUUUAGAAUAUAAACAUUAAGUUUUCUGAUUCUGAUAGAUUAAAUCUACACUGUUUUAAGGUAGCCAAUUGUGAUAUGGUGUUACAAAUGAUAGAUGAUAUGGUGUUACAAAUGAUAGAUAUGCAAUACUUAUAUACAAUAUAAAGACUGAUAUAGCUUACUUAUUCUUUAAUAUGUAUAUGUAUUUGUACUAUCCAUGUACUGCAGAUGUUGUAUUCAAGUCGUGUUUUUAUGUCGACUUAGAAAUUUGCUUUAUCAGCACAGUUUGAGUGAAAAUUAACCAGGUUUCUUCCCCUGUUUUGUUGCUGUUUAGAGAUUUCAAUUCACGCUUGAUUUUAGUCAGAGUUUUAAUUGAUAAUUUCAUGAGAAAAACUUUGAUUUGAUUUCUGUGUUUGAUGCCAGGCUUCCACUAACCGAGUAAAUCCGCGAGUAUUUGGUGUGUACCACGCUAGUCCUACACAUAUACCCAGUGCUGCGUAUUGAACUGUUUUAUGUGUGUAUUUUGUAUUAGUCGUGUUUAGUUUUUGAUAAAAGCGAUAUAUAUUUUAUUCUGUUUAAUAUAAUGAUUAUUGUAUAAUUAUUAUGAUGACGACUGUGUAAUUUUCUACAUUCUCUAUCGUACACAAUAUAUGUAGUAAACUUUUGUUUCCUAUAUAGAAUUUGUAUAUUGUUUGUAAACUGUCCAUAUAAAACAUGGCCUCCCCCUCACCAGGUGUACAGUACA